UCACGGAGCUGGGACCUUACCACCUCUCUCUCUCUCUCUCUCUCUUCUCUCUCUCUCUCUCUCUGGCCGUCAGCGGACUUCUUUCUCUGCACACGUCUUUCUCUGAAAUGUGUGUGUGCGUGAAAGAGAGAGGAGGAAUAAAGUGUGUGUGUGCGUGUGAGGGUGCAUGUCCGGAGCAAGUAAAGGCAGGGGGAUUAUUCGGCGCUAUCGAAAUAUUUCAACACGUCGCCGUCGCUGCAGGACUGAAGCCAAUAAGAAGGAACGCAUUUUAACAGGAAUGCCGAUAUUGUAAACAGCAGCAGAAGAGAAAGAAUGCACUGCAGUCAAUUAAGUGACUCACCCCAGUUGGUUUAAUUCGACUAAUGUCCGCAAGCCAGCGAGACACAGAAAGGUGUCCGAUGCGCGUCAACCUCUGAAGAAAAUCGGUCUCGCAGCACUUCUGAAGAAUAAUGGAGAACAUUUUUACAUUUCGCUUUGCAGACUUUUGAUCACAAUUCAGCAAACGACUCUAGAGAUUUCCCAGCAACUUGUGAAAAAAGAAGUGGAUGCUUAUUUCUGCAGAGUUGAAGGAGGAAUUUCCUAAGUUUGCCAAAUUCAGCUUUAUUUUUCUCCUCUUUUUUAUUUUGUCUCCGUUUGCUCCUCUCGUACCAGGCUUCGCUGUUGUUAGAAACAUUGUUUCAUAUCCAACAAGUCGUGCCUGCACUUGGAUGAACUUCCUGAUGAGAGAUCCAGUCAUACAAGGAUCAAGUAUGGCAUAUCAUCCGUUUAUACCUCACCGGGGUCCGGAAUUUGCCAUGAGUGCAAUGCUGGGUCACCAGCCCCCUUUCUUCCCGGCUCUGGCGCUCCCUCACAGCGGCUCCCUCUCUCUCCCGGGCGCCCUGGGAAAGCCGAUCAUGGACCAGCUGAUGGGAGCCGCGGAGACCAGCCUCCACUUCUCCUCGCUGGGGCACCAGGCUGCGGCCGCCCACCUCAGGCCUAUGAAGACUCUGGAGCCUGAGGAGGAGGUGGAGGACGACCCUAAAGUUCACCUGGAAGCCAAGGAGCUUUGGGAACUUUUCCACAAGAGAGGCACUGAGAUGGUGAUCACAAAAUCUGGAAGGCGGAUGUUUCCCCCGUUCAAAGUGAGGUGCACUGGUCUGGACAAGAAGGCCAAAUAUAUUCUCUUGAUGGAUAUAGUUGCAGCCGACGACUGCAGGUACAAAUUUCAUAACUCCCGCUGGAUGGUGGCGGGGAAGGCCGACCCCGAAAUGCCAAAGAGGAUGUACAUUCACCCGGACAGUCCGGCUACUGGUGAACAGUGGAUGUCAAAAGUCGUCAAUUUUCACAAGCUCAAGCUGACAAAUAACAUCUCCGACAAGCAUGGAUUUGUAAGUUCAACUAAUACCAUACUUAACUCAAUGCACAAAUAUCAGCCUCGAUUUCACAUUGUGAGGGCCAACGACAUUCUCAAACUCCCGUACAGUACCUUCAGGACUUAUGUUUUCCCUGAAACGGAUUUCAUUGCUGUGACUGCUUAUCAAAAUGACAAGAUAACCCAGCUGAAAAUUGACCAUAAUCCAUUUGCCAAAGGAUUCCGUGACACGGGCAAUGGGAGACGGGAAAAGAGCCUGCUUGUGCACAGGAAACAGCUGGCGCUGCAAUCCAUGCGUUCAUACGAGGAGCAGCAGAAAAAGGAGAACGGGGCUUCAGACGACUCCUCCGGAGAGCAGGCUUCUUUUAAGUGCUUCGGCCAGGCCUCGUCCCCUGCCGUGUCUACCGUGGGCCCCCCACACCUGAAAGAUUUCUGCGACAGCGAUGAGGACAGCGACGAUGAGAGCAAAGAUGGGCACAUCAAAGAUGGUCCGGACUCUAGCAAGAUUUCCACGACUACGGAGGACGGGAAGGAUCACGAGGCGAGCCCAGCUAAGGGACAUGCCUUUAAUAAUAGUGACACUACCAGCAGGAACCGCGACAGCGGCCCUCGGACUGAGAAAAGUCAGGCAGACUCCAGACAGAGCCCAAUCACCGUCAUCUCCAGUACGACUCGCUCUGGAGAAGACCUCAAGAGCCCGAACCUGGACCAGCCCAAAACAGAAGAGUGCAGGCCAAUAAGCAAAGACAGUUUCAUGCCUUUGACUGUUCAGACUGACAGCCCGCACAUAGGCCACAGCCACUUGCAUAAUUUUGGAUUUCCAACAGGCUUAACAGGACAACAGUUUUUCAAUCACCUUGGGAGUGCGCAUCCGUUUCUCUUGCACCCCAGUCAGUUCAACAUGGGAGGUGCAUUCUCAAACAUGGCCGCGGGUAUGGGGCCACUAUUGGCAGCUGUGUCCACGGGAGGAGUGAGCACCAUGGACACCACGAGCAUGGCAUCACCUUCGCAAAGCUUGACGGGAGCGCCAGGCCUGCCCUUUCAUCUGCAGCAACAUGUCUUGGCAUCACAGGGCAUUGCCAUGUCUCCGUUUGGCAGUUUGUUCCCUUAUCCGUACACGUACAUGGCAGCAGCCGCGGCAGCCUCCUCUGCUGCCUCCUCCUCGGUGCACCGGCACCCCUUCCUGAACGCAGUGCGCCCCCGACUCAGGUACAGCCCAUACACCCUCCCCAUGACGGUACCGGACAGCACCCUGCUCACCACCGCCAUGCCCUCCAUGGCCGGCAGCGGGACCGAGCUGAAAGGGGACGGCAUCGUCCCAGCCAGCCCCGUGUCUGCUGUCACCCUGGAUUCCACAUCGGAGGUGACCAGUCACUCGUCCACCAUAUCCUCCGGCUCGGUUUCCAUGUCCCCAAAGACUUGCACGGAGAAAGACGCCGCCAACGAGCUGCAGAGCAUCCAGCGCCUGGUCAGCGGGCUCGAUUCAAAUCAGGACAGGCCGCGGAGCGGGUCCCCCUAAGAGAAUUUUUUUUU